UUCAGCUUGACACUUUGCUGGAAGGCUAGGGCAAAGUAGGUCCAGCUGUUGCCGUAAGAGACAUUCGGUUCCGCAAAUCGCCGCUCAUGUGUUACGCUCAUAAUACUUCGGUAGUAAAGUCCCUGAGAUCUCGACAGUAAAUAAUUUGCCCGCUCUUUUUGACUGGUUAAUCCACCAUUGACUGCCUGCAAAUCGGGUCAACUUUAUCUACCGAGUACCCCCUUAGGCGCAGAUGAGUACGCAAAACCUGACUGGAUAUAGCGAUAAACGCAGCACGCUUUUCUAGCCGUCUGAAAUUACCGGCUGACUUAAGCAUUGGAGCCUGACUUGACUAUAUGGUGGCGAUGCGGAUGGACGAGGUAGACGCUGCCAAAUGAUGUGGGGUAAAAUAAUAGCAAUGGGGCGGAGUAUCGGUGAAGGCAGAAGGGUGAUGGGGCGUAUAUGUGGGGCAAAAUAGGCAAGACGUCGAUGCCUAGGAAAAAGGGUAUUUCUAUACAUAGCCGCAACUCCAUCUUACAACGUCAGCAUUUGGAAUCAAAAGAUAUACUCAGCGGUGCCUUUAACACCGAAAACUCGAAUACGCCUUUCGUUCGACCACCACUCGACACGAUGCACAUAUUCGAACUUCCCCCCGAGCUCUUCAUGAGCAUCAUGGAGCAAACGGUGGUCACGCUAGAAUUGCGCCGGGCGCUAAGGGCGCGGCUUGUUUGCAAAACCUUUGAUCGAGGGCUCACUGGUGCUAUCUUCACGACAGCAGCCAUAGAAAAACAUCGUGACAGCUAUGGUUGGGUCGGAAAACCAAUUCCCGCAAAAUGGCUUGUGAAAUUACUGGAGAUUCGGGCUCUGGAAAGGCCCAGGAAACACAAUCGGCUCCUUGACACAGUUCAUGAGACGGUUAGUAGAAUUAUGCAUCAGUGUGGAAAAGAGGAUGAGGAAAUGAGGUUCGCCUGCCUGUCGUCUGUCUGUCAGGCUGUUGCAAGCUGGUAUCAUUUUACCGGCUGGCUUAUCGAUGCCAUCUCUGAAGAUGAGCCGUAUCACCAUAAUGAAACUGUCAUGAUGCGGGGUUGCCUAGCAGCAGCAGCCUGGAUGGGAAACAGCCAACUCGUUGAAGCAUUCAGCGGGGUAGACGACAUAAACGACGAUAGCAGUGACCUCCCAUCCGCGCUUUGGGCUGCGGCUCGGCAAGGCAACAUGGAAAUAUUCCAGCAACUUUUGCACAAAGGUGCGAGAGGCACCAUUUCCUCGAAUGGUGCGGCUUGUUUGAUUGGUUCAACACCCUUCCAAUCAGCAUGCUGGGGAGGUAAUAAGGAACUGGUCCGUCUCCUCAUGGAAACGAAUCCUAAUAUUGAGCCGGCCGACAUUGAAAAGGGCCUUCGGUGCGCUGCUUCCGGAAACCAUGUGGAGCUGGUUCAAUUCUUGUUGGAGCGUUUCGAGUUCAGGGAGGAGGCCAAAAGCGUAGCUUUGCAUGGCGCUUGCUUCUAUGGAGCUGAAGACACCACUCGUCUAAUGCUUGACAGAGGUACCAGCACAAAGUAUCUCAACUAUGCGUUUAAGUAUCUCCAACCCCUUGCAACUGCUUCAAAGCACGGACAUUUGGCAAUCGUUCGUCUGCUAGUGUCAAGGGGCGUUGACCUCAAUUUCAGUACCGGCGCACGGCAUCCGGAUGCAGUGCUCCUUGCUGCCAGCAGAGGAUACAUUCGUAUUGUUGAAGUGCUGCUCGACGCCGGAGCUCAAAUCACGACCUCCAUCGACGACGAUACACUGGCACGUGUAGCAGAGAGAGGCCACGAGGACAUGGUUAAAUUCUUACUGGACCGCGGAUAUCCUAUCGGCAAAGGCAACAAAUAUGACAAAAAGGAGGGAGGUGAAGGCAGAUUCGUACUGGGCUCUGCUUGUGAGCAAGGGCAAACGUCAAUUGUGAGAUUGCUUGCCGAGUACGGCGUCGAUAUUCACAGUCCUAAUUGCUACCGUAUUGAGGAGUUACCGAUAAUUACAGCGAAGAGGAAUGGUCAUGACAACGUCGUAGAUACACUACUUGAGCUUGGUGUGCAAAAGCCAAAGGAAUUAGACAGCAUCCAAGGGAAGAAGAGCCCGUUUUUGUUGUAG